AUGUUUGACGGAUUGUUGAAAAGCAAAUUCUACUCGAAAUGCAAGUCGUCACUCAAGUUGACGAAGACGAGGGUCGAUAUGAUAAAGAGGAAGAGAAGCGCAAUGCAGAAGUAUUUGAAGAAUGAUGUGGUUGAUCUUCUCAAGAAUGGGUUGGACUCCAAUGCCUACGGCAGGGUUGAAGGCCUCUGGAAUGAGCUGAACCUUUCAAAGUGUUAUGAUUAUGUUGAGCAAUGUUGCACUCACAUCUCGAGCUACCUUGCAGCUAUGGAUAAAAACAGGGAGUGCCCCGAAGAGUGCAAGGAAGCUGUUUCAUCUUUGAUGUUUGCAGCAGCCAGAUUUUCUGAUCUUCCAGAAUUGCGAGAUCUGAGGACUAUCUUUACUGAUAGAUAUGGGAAUUCCAUCGAGUUCUAUGUAAAUAAAGAGUUCGCCAAUAAGUUGAAAUCAGGCCCUCCUGAAAGAGGUCUCAAGCUUCAACUGAUGCAAGACAUAGCAUCAGAGUGCGGUUUGGAAUGGGAUUCAAAGACUUUUGAGCAGAAGAUACACAAAAGUCCCCGUCUCUCGGAACCUGACAUCAUGAAGAAUGGACAUGCAUCUUUUGGAAAGGAAGGUGUUAAAGAUGCAGUAGAUCGACGAAACCUAAGGGAUCUAUCCUACGGUGGAGAGGAGAUUAGCGCCCCCAUCAAAGAUAUUCAAGUGGAUCGUAUCAACAGAAAAGUGCAACAGAAGGAAACACAUGGUGCAAUUACUUCAGAGGAAGAUGACAAUGAAAAGGAAAGUUUUCAGUACAAAUCUAUCCCCCCUCCUUAUGUCAAAGCCAAAACUGGCAUCAAGAAAACUACACCUGAUGCCCCUCCUACUGAUGCUGGAGCCAAAGUGCAGAAAGAGACACACAAAACUGAUCAUCAAGAUGACUCCAUAGGCAACCCUAAGCCAAAACCAAAAUCUGUAAGGAGGAGAUUCCAAAAACCAAGGCCAGGUGCAGAUAAUGUAUCUAAUACUCAAACCAAUGGUUCAGAAAAUAAGACUUCAAAGAUUACAAGUCAACAUGAUGGUGAGGAAGGGGACAAGCAACAUUUGAAGAACUUAACUAGGAGAAAGCAUGAUGAACGAGAUGAAGAGGAAAAGGUAAUGGACAGGCUUUUGCUGCACUAUAGCAGAAAGAAGUUACCUCCUGAUACUGGCGAAUCAGAAGGAAGUGAUCUCCAACCUUCUCAUCAAAAGCCUCCCAGCAAACCAGGCAGAGAAGCGAAAGACAGAGGCAAAGGUCUAACAUCUAGAACAGCAUCUCUUCCUGCUGAAUCAAGCCCUACGGAAGCUACAAGAUCGCAUGCUCGAGCUUCUUCCUUUCAACCUGAUGUGUUAAAUGCAAAUGGACAUGUUCAUCCGAACUUGCCAGAAUAUGAUGACUUUGUGGCUCGUCUUGCUGCUCUUCGGGGUACGCUAAAAUGA